CCAGCCUAGACACUACAUACGUGAACCCAAAGAGAAGGGUUAGGGUUACCCUAGUCCCGGCUGGGUAAGCGGAUCCGCGAAUAGCCAAUGCCAUAUGCCGAGGUGAAAGGAAGCCGAAGCCACACCACCAGCUGCUGCUGGGUUCACCACCACCAAAACAGGCGGGUCUACUUUCGCGCUGAGAGUCUCCUCGAAUGCUUUAAACCCCAGAGGCCAUUGGGUGUUCCUAGUCAGCAGCUGUAUUGCUCUGCUACCUCCUCAUUCUCAAAUAACCAUCAUCUAAUUUUUCCCAACCACAGCUCCCGAAACCGUUCAUGUACCUUGCUGGACCGCCCCUACCCUACCCACACCACGACACCACGCGACGCUCGGAAGCCAUAACCCCCACGACAACGUCGCACCGCGCGAACUUCCAACCAUGGCAGCAGCUUCAGAAGUAAGAGGAGCAAACAAGAGACGGGUCCGUCGACGCAGACAGGACAAGCCAGCGCUGGCGGCGCGUUUGGUGCUUGAUGACCAUGUCAAGAGUGAUGUGGGCAUUGUGUCGGAGGACUUGUACGCAGAGUUGUUUCCGCAUUUGCAGCAUGCCCACGAAGACGAAGACCACCACCCCCCUCCCCGCCCUUUCGUCCACGUCGCCAUCGCCCCCUGGGCACCAACCGCCACCCCCGAAGCCAUCAACUGGUCAAUCGUCCCCGUCACAAAAUCCUCGGCCCUCGCCCCAAACACCGUCCAGUUUGCCCCCUCCUCCCUCGCCCUCCAGUCCUUCGCCAUCAACCUCAAGCAAGUCGCGCCCUCGCGCCUGUCCAGCCACAGCAGCAGAAGCGGCAUUGAGAUUUUGGUUCUAGACGUCACCGCGAUCGCCCUCGACACCGUGUUCGUCAGCCUAGAAGGGGAACUAGCCAACCGACUGGAGAACGGCGAGGGCACCUUCUUCAGAGACCACCCCCCCUCCAAGGGCAAGGUCACCUCCUCCGCGGGCGGCGCAACCCCCACCCCCGAGGACCGUCUCACGGCUGCGUUGCGCACGGCGCUUGAUACGCUAAAGGUGGUUCACACGGGGGAUAUGUUCCCGCUGCCACUCCCCCCUCACCCCGUCACCCACAUCCCGCCCAACCCCGGCAGGAUUGCACUGUGCGAGCCCGUCGGUCAGGGGAUUCUCGCGCCUAGUACCAAGAUUAUCGUCUCGCGCGGGAGGACUCACUCCAAGCACAACCGCUCGUCCGCUCCACCGAUGCCGAACACCCGGAUCGGUGGCGUGACCGAGGAGGAUGAGGAUACGUCCAAUGAUCAGUUUUACUCGGCAGCUGAGGAGGGCGCUCGCACAGAUGCCCGGGUGGAGGAGGACGGGGACACCGAAACCGAAGUGGAAGAGGCCGAGGACGAAGAGGAAGAUGCAUUGUCAGACGACUCGAUGGACGAGAUGAUCUCCCUCCAGGCUCCCAGCCUGACCUCUGCCAUCACAAGCGGCAUCGGCACGCCCACCACCAUUGGGGGUCGAGGCCGUAAGACCAACGGCAUGAGCAGCGCUGUCUCUGUCUUUUCCAGCUUCACCGCCACAACCGCCCGACCCGACCGUCCCCGCGGUAGGCUGUUCAAAGCGCACGGUCUAGUCCAGCCGGUGCCUCCUGAGGUCCUGCAUCCGAAACCUGCUCCCGAAGAUGAUGAAGAAGCGCGGAUCUACGUCGACGUGAGGGAUCUUCCCCGGAUUGGGUGUUUUUCGGGGGAUUGGGUCAGGGUUGAGGCGGCGCAGGAGCCGCCGUCGAACGGGUUUGGGCAGUUUGGGCUGGGGAGCUUUGUUGACGCCAGCCCUGAUGAAAUCCAGUGGAGACCGGCGAGGGUGUAUGGGUUGCCGGAGGGGUAUUCGUCCAGGCCUGUGGCACGAGUGCCGAGCUCGAAACAGGAGGGGAGGAGGAUGUCGUUUUUCGAGAGCCAGGUUCAGAAGGGGGGGGGCGGGACGGGGCCGGGGGUGUAUGCCUCGCCUAUAUUUCUGGCGAACCUGGAGGGGCCGGCUUAUUUGAGGGUGGCGCCCAUUCAAAGGGGUGGGGGAGGGCGUGCGGGGAUCAAGGGGAAGAAGACAACGCAAGGGGUGGCGGCGGUGCUUCAGCCGCCGGCGGCGAGGGAGGUGAUUUUGCAGCAUGUCAGGACGCCGGUGGCGGUGGAGAGGGAUGUGCAGACUGCCGUGAUGGCGGGGCUGAAGUUUUGGUUUGAGAGGAGGUUGAGGGUGGUGAAGGGGGGGGAUCUAAUUGCUGUGCCGAUUGAUACGCAGCUUGGGAGGACGCUGCAGGAGGGGACGAUGACGGGUGGUGGGGAAGGGGAAAGUGCGGUCGAUGACGUGCUGGGGUUGAUUGCCUCGAGGAGGACAGACCACCACAGCCUCAAGUAUGACGAGGUGGCGUGGUUUAGAGUUGGGCAUGUGUCGGCUGCGAAGCAGGAAGUUGAUGCGGAGACGAUGGGGGAGGAGGAGGAGGAGGAGGAGGAUCCCUGGGGGGGGGUGGCUUGUGUGGAUAUCUCGCUGGCGCAUUUGGAGCAGACGGGGUCGACGACGAGUCGGAUUCCGGGGAUUGCGGGUAGUACUUGGAGGUAUUAUCUUGGGAUUGAUAGGUUGCCCAGACAGCCGUCCUCUCACGCCGGCAGCCCGUUGGUGAUUGCGCCGGAGAGGACGGCGGCUGUCUCCCCUCUGAGGAGGAAACUGAGGGAGUUGAUGGCUGCUGCUACUAGCAAGCCGGCGCUUCAUCUCAAGAUGCCACCCGUGGCUAUCCUUCUUGUCUCUACCCAGCGCGCCAUCGGGAAAGCCUUCACCGCGUCGCAAGCCUGCGCCGAUGUUGGGCUGCACACCUUUGCCGUUGACGCUUACGACAUCGUCAACGACUCCGGCGCUGGCGGGAGCGACGUCAAGACUGCUGGGUUUUUGACAUCGAGGGCGGAAAGAGCGAUGAGCUGCGGCCCGGAUUGCUGCGCGCUGCUGAUUAGGCAUAUUGAAGCUCUGACGGCGGACAGGAUGGUGACCAGCAUCAGGGAGGUGCUCCAAGAUGCGAGGGUGCUGAUCGCCACCACGACCGAGGUGGAGAAGGUGCCUGAUGGGAUUAGGGCGCUGUUUACGCACGAGCUGGAGAUGACUGCGCCCGACGAGGGAGAGAGGGAGGCGAUUCUCAGGACUAUUCUGGACAACCAGGGUGUUGCUCUCGAUCCCGAGGUUGAGCUCGGCGGGAUAGCGCUCAAGACUGCUGCGCUGGUGGCGGGGGAUUUGGUUGAUGUUGUCGAGCGAGCCCUGGUUGCCCAGAAGGCGAGGCUGGAGGCCUUGUCGGCAAAGGCGUCCAAGAACGAGGGCGUGCCUGUCACGGUCCGGGAUGUGAAAGUAGCUGGUGGGCCGGCGGCGCAGGGGCUGACAAAGUCUGACUUUGAGGUUGCGGUCGAGGCGGCACGGAAGAACUUUGCGGAUGCGAUUGGGGCGCCCAAGAUCCCGAAUGUGACUUGGGAUGAUGUGGGCGGGUUGAAUAAUGUGAAGGAGGCGGUGACGGAGACGAUCCAGCUGCCGCUGGAGAGGCCGGAACUGUUCGCCAAGGGGAUGAAGAAGAGGUCUGGCAUCUUGUUUUAUGGUCCGCCUGGAACGGGCAAGACGCUGCUUGCAAAGGCGAUUGCGACGGAGUACAGUUUGAAUUUCUUCAGUGUCAAGGGGCCCGAGCUGUUGAACAUGUAUAUCGGUGAGAGUGAGGCUAAUGUGCGGAGGGUGUUUCAGCGGGCGAGGGACGCGAGGCCGUGUGUGGUUUUCUUUGACGAGUUGGACUCGGUGGCGCCGAAGAGGGGGAACCAGGGAGAUAGCGGUGGUGUGAUGGAUCGGAUUGUCAGUCAGUUGCUGGCGGAGCUGGACGGGAUGAGCGGGGGGGAUGAGGAUGCGGGGGGGGUGUUUGUGGUGGGAGCGACAAACAGGCCGGAUUUGCUGGACCAGGCGCUGUUGCGGCCGGGGAGGUUUGACAAGAUGCUUUACUUGGGGGUGUCGGAUACGCAUGAGAAACAGAUGAAGAUUAUGGAGGCGCUGACGAGGAAAUUCACCCUCCACCCCUCAGUCUCCCUCCGCAACGUCGCCGAGCGGUUGCCGUUCACUUACACCGGCGCCGACUUUUACGCCCUCUGCUCAGACGCCAUGCUCAAGGCUGUUACGAGACAGGCUGCCCUCGUUGAUAAGAAGGUCAAGGCUAUCAACACGGAACGUCAAGCGCAGAAUCAACCUGAGAUCACCACCGCUUACUUCUUUGACCACUUCGCCACGAAAGAAGACGUUGCGGUCAUGGUGACGGAGCAAGACUUCCUUGACGCACACAGUGAGCUUAUUCCCAGCGUCAGUGCUGGGGAGCUGGAGCAUUACGAAAAGGUCAGGGCUACGUUUGAGGGGGUGAAGGACAAGAAGGAGACGACGACGCAGCAGGACCAGCAGCAAAACGGGAGGUUGGCUGUGGGGAAGAGGAGUGCCAGUGAUCGGAGUGUGGUUGUGCAUAGGGGUAAGGGGAAAGGAAAGGGCAAGGCGGUGGCGACGGGGAGUGAGGAGGAUGAGUGUGAUGAUGGGGAGGGGGUGAAUGGUGGUGGGUAUAGGGAUAAGGGGAAGGGGAAGGCGAUUGAUGUUGGUGGUGGGAGUGGUGCGCCGUUUGGGGGGCAGGGGCAGGAUGAUGACGAGGGGUUGUAUGACUGA